UGAGUCUAAUCUCAACAUGGUUGGAGAUGGUCCAAUAAGCUGAAUAAAACAAAGAAGUUGAAUUUCAUCCCAGCCGAGCUGCAGCUGUGAUGUCUUUAUAUGGACGGUCUGUGUUAUGAAACUUUGAAAGUGCGGAGAAAAGUAUGACUUCAGAAAUCAAGGUUGAUGUCAGUCGGGAGGAAACAAUUAGACCAUCCUCUCCAACUCCUCACCACCUCAGAAGUUCUAACCUUUCUGUUUUUGAUCAGCUUACUCCUCAAGUUUAUGUCCCACUACUUCUCUUUUAUCCCAGCAAUAAUAGUGAUCACCAUUCUCCGGCUUCGGCUGCUGAAAGAUCCAAGCUUCUAAAAAGGUCAUUAUCCGAAACCCUCAGUCACUUCUAUCCCUUCGCAGGAACAAUUCAAUCUAAUGAUGUUUCAAUCUGUUGCAAUGACCAUGGGGCUACAUUUGUUGAAGCCAGAGUCAACUGUCUGAUGUCAAAGAUAUUGGAGAAGCCAGAUCUUGGGAUACAAAAACAGUUGCAUCCAAAUGAAUUAGAAUUCAUGGCACAAUCAGGCACAUGCCAUCUUCUACUAGUCCAAGCCAACUUCUUUGAAUGUGGUGGGGUGGCAAUUGGACUCAACAUUUCACAUAAGAUCAUUGAUGCUUAUACACUCUGCAAAUUCAUUAAUAGCUGGGCUGCAAUUGCCCUUGGCUCAGCCAAUACUGACCAUGUUGUGCCUCCUGUAGAAUUUGGUGCUGCAGCAUCUCUUUUCCCACCUCUGGAUUUCCUCAAUUCACCACAACCUUCCAUUGACUUUGUCAAGGAAAAUUGCAUAACAAGGAGAUAUGUGUUUGAUGCCUCCAAGAUAGCUGCUCUUAAGUCAAAAGCUGUCAGUGCUGCUGUGCCAAACCCAACUCGUGUUGAAGUAGUGUCAGCGCUCAUUUGGAAAUGCGUAAUGGAAGCAUCAAGAUCAAACUCAGAUUUUGUAAGGCCAUCUGUGUGGUGUCAAUUUGUGAACAUGAGGAAGAUAUUGCCGCAGGCCCCGGCAGAAAACUUAUCGGGAAAUCUUCUGGGCUACUCUGUAGCAAAGACAGAGGAGAGGGAAGUAGAACAUGAUGUUAAAAGCUUGGUUUCUAAAUUGAGGAAGGGCUUGGAAGAAUUUAAGGUAAAAUAUGGUAAUGGUAUUAGUAGAGAGGAUGUGUUCCAACGGUGCAUUGAGUUAUCGAAGCUCGUUGGAAAGGUUGAUAUAGACACCUAUUGUUCCACCAGUUGGUGCAGGUUUCCCUUCUAUGAAGCCGAUUUUGGAUGGGGAAAGCCAUCAUGGAUGAGUAUCCCUAGUACUGUAGAAAUCAAGAACAUGAUUUCAUUGGUGGAUGUAAGUGAUGGGAUUGGCAUAGAAGUGCGCUUGACUUUGAAAGACGAAGAUAUGGCCAUAAUCAAAAGCAACCAGGAGAUGCUUGCAUAUGCUUCUCUGAAUCCGAGUGUCGUGUAA